GACGUCAAAUAGAUUAAACAUAGUUUAAAUGCUUUUUUUGAACGGAUUUAAUUUUUAGAAACAUGAUUCAUAAGUUGUUUUUUAUCGUACUGGCACUGAUUGGAACAACUUCUGCGCAACUAGGACUUGGAACAACAGAAUGCGCUUGCAAUAUUCCGUCUGAGUUUCGGUCAUCAUGUACAGCGAAUCCAUUUGCUCUCACGCGCCAACAAUGCCUUCAAGCUGGAUGUUGUUAUCAGUCUAGUGGGUUUUUCGGACAACUUUUUGGAUCAAAUUGUUACGAAAAAGACCCCACAUAUUGUCAAGUUCAACCUUUGCAACCUUUACAACCGGAUACUUCCCUGGACAUUUUUGUGUCUCAACCACAGUCGACAUGUCAAUUGGCUCUUCCACUCGAGCAAUGUCAGUUAGGCAGACUAGGAAGAAUAUUUUGCGAAGCUCAGGGAUGCUGCUAUGAUCAAUUUCGACAACCGUUCUGUUUCAGAAAAGCGAGAACAUCCACGUCGAUAUUCCAGGUCCACGUGCAAGUGUCGGAAUGGACGUUCUGGGGUGCUUGUUCGGAAGAAUGUUCUCCUGGUUUUUCAGCAAGAACCAGACGAUGUCUAAAUGCAGAUGCGCAAACAUGUCUCAACCAAGGGAUAAGACUCGCUGAACAAAUAUCUUGUAAUCAACAAGCAUGUCAGACAUGGAGCUCAUGGGAAUACAGCGCUUGUUCUGUGACUUGUGGAAAUGGAUUCAAUACAAGAACAAGAAAAUGUAUAUCAAAUACUUCUGGAAGAGAAAACAUUGAAUGCUACUCUUCAAGAACGAAUUGUAACCCACGAGUAUGCCCAGUUACAACACCACGACUGCGCCCAGUUACAACACCACGACUGCAACCAAGAUCUCGACCAGCAACAUGGAGUCAAUGGCAAACAUGGGGCCCAUGUUCACAAGAAUGUGCGAGAGGGCAGAGAAGCAGAUUUCGUUCGUGUAUUCGCAAUAACCGUGUAGCUGCAUCAAGAAUGUGCGCUCCUUUUGUAGGAUCAGUGUCAAGUUCAACUCAGAGUGAAAAUUGUAACACAGAAAUGUGCGAUUCGUGGACGACCUGGACAGCUUACAGCGCCUGCGGUCGUUCGUGUGGCUCCGCCGUCAGAUAUUCUACAAGAACGUGUUGGAAUAAACAACGUUCAGGCCGAAUCAGCAAUGCAUUUUUGAGUUGCAGUCAAAGAGAAGUGGCAUGCAUUCUACCAUCGUGCUCCGUCUCUAGUGCAAUUCCUACUUUCGUGGAGAGUACUCGUUUUGUCGAUCGGUUUAGAACAACAACUAAACCAACCAAUACACAAUCAGGGAACAUAUUUAGCAUUACUGAUUCGCCAAUUACUCCCAAGCUUACAACAGUACCAACGACAAUAAGUACCACUACUACUUCCGCUAAUACUCCAAAAAUUACAACUACAGUCAGGACAAAAGAGCCUGCAUCACCAAGCAUUUUCGUUUUUACGACUGCCAAGAAAACGACAACAACACCCUUUUCAACAACUAGUACAACUGCUUCAACUACUAGAGCAACAACUACUAGCACUACAACUACUACAACAACAACAACAACACCAGAACCGACAACAACGACUACUACAACAACUACAGAACCUCCUACGACUACAGAACCUGUUACGACAACAACUGAAGCAACAACUACUCAAAAGGCCAAAGUACCACAAUGGGGUGAAUGGUUGGACUGGUCACCUUGUUCAACAAGUUGCACUAAUGGCACCAGAAUAAGAACAAGACUGUGCAUGUACAGUGACGAGUCUGAAGCUGCAAUUGAGGAUUGUGGAGUUGAAAUGGAAUCAGUUGAUAUAGGAAGUUGCAAUGAUGAUCUCUGUCUGGAAUGGAGAGAAUGGACUACAGUUGAAAAAUGCCCGGCAUGUAAAAAGACCGACGAAGAUGUCGCAAACAAAUUGGAAGUAAAAACGAGAGAAUGCGCUGGACGAGAGAAAAAAGAUGCCGAUGACGAUUGUUAUAUCAACGUUUUCAACUGCGAAGAUACUGUAACAGAAUAUUGUCCCGACGAUACUACGACAACGGCGCCGACAAAUGCUCCUACAACAUCCAGCAGUACUGCUUCAACUACAUCGGCAACAAUCUCAACAACAGAAUCAACAACAACAACAUCCACAGCAACGACAAGCAGUCUACCGACUGUCCUCACGGGCCAAACUUCAAUUUGGGCAGAUUGGGGCGAAUGGAGUGAUUGCUCAUCAGAAUGUUCUCCCGGUAUCCAAAGUAGAGCAAGAAGAUGUGUGCCUGGUGUUCCCCCUCAUCUUUGUGUGGAAGGCUCUUUGGAUUCAAGAGUGUGUAAUGAAGAUUUUUGCUACGCAUGGACCGAUUGGGAUUUGGGACAAUGUGAUAAAACAUGCGGAGAAGGGGGAACAGAAGUGAAACGCAGAAUUUGUCCGGGAGGAAAAAUCGUUGAAGCCACACCGAAGAAAUGCUACGAAGUGGUUCAAGAAUGUAGUUUUGUAUUCCCUUGCGAAGAAACGACCACAACUACAUCUACGACGACAACUACACUUCCUCCAACGUCUCCUAAACCGAAGGGGCAGCCAGACAAGAAAUUAGACGUGCUUUUCUUGGUAGAUUCUUCUAACUAUGUAGACGAUUGCGAAGAAAUUGAAACUAACUUUGGUCUUGCGAGACCACUUAGAGGAGGCCAAAUCAACAGCACCGUUGCGCCAAAUUAUACAAGGAUGAAGAAGUUUAUUACUGAUUUUGUUAAUGGCUGGAGAGGGAUUGACGACGAUGGUACACGAAUAAGUAUACAACUUUUCAGUAAUUUAUGCAGUCCAAGAACCAAAUCAAAUUUAUACGUAGAAAAACAAUUCAAGGAAUCGCAUGAACAACUGGUGACAAAAUAUAUACGAGAUCUUCCAUACAUGUGCGGGGACUAUUGGUUAGAUUGGGCUCUACAAUGUGCGAUCAGUCCUGUGUUGACGUCAUCAUUUGGUGAUCGAGAAAACAUUCACAAUGUGGUUGUAACAAUUUUAAGUAAUGCACCAACAACAUCACAACCCAGCGAUAACUUGAUGAGAAUCAUAUUAAAAAGGCUCGUUGGGAAAGGAUCCACGGUGAUGUCAGCUACAGCAACACCACUGGAGUCACUGGGUCCAAAAUCUAGAAAAAGAUACGAAGAAAACGCAAGAAAACUCGCCUGUGACGAUAAAGAUGACUGUGCAGCAUAUUUAGGGUCAAUAUGGGACUCUGACAAAGAAAACGUUGCCGAUUUGGUUAGAGAAGCAUUGAAAGAAGCUGGAGAAUUAUAAUAGAAAAUGUAAUUCAGGAAUCAGAGAAAAAAAAUUCCAAUUAUUGUUAGACAACAUGCCAGUAAUUAUUCUUCGACUUACUCUUUUUUCGAUUUACGAAAAUGUGCUGUCAAAACAGUAUCAGUAUCAAUUGUAUUUUCAUUUAUUGUAGUUUCAAUUAUCUUUAUUACGAUUCGAUCCAACUUUAUUUUAAUUGAUUGAAUCAACCAUGGUAAACUUCUCAAAAAAAUGAAAACUGUAUUUUACAGUUAUAGAAUAUUUGAAGAUUUCUGCGCAAAGAGCGCUUUGCUAACUAGUAAUAUUGCUUGAAAAUAAUAUCUCCUUGGGUAUCACCGCUGUCUAUAUGGACAUUUGUUUGUAGUGAAAGUAUGGAAAAACAUAAAAAUAAAAAAUAAAUGAACGAUUAUUGUCCAACUCAAUUUGAAGUAUGAAAUGGUGCACACAGAUGAAGCAAAACCCAAAAUUUGCUAUCAAAUUUGCCGACUAGCUAUCUUCAACCCAGUGAUGCCCUAUUCAAAAGAUUGUGUUGCAGCGCAAACAUUGGAAUAUUAGCUUGUCAUUAUGAAAUCGUUAUUAUUUUGCUGAAACGACAUUCCAAUUUUGUCCGUAUUAUGGAUUCUAUUUUUUUGUUCCAAUAUAUAAUACGAGAUUAUUAAUUUCGCAAUUUUAUUUCUCUAUUAAAAUGUAUGUAUAUAUAAUUAUUUAUUUGUCAUUUAAUAAAAGAUAGUUUC